GAGACGGUCAUUCAUGUUACCCAGCUUGACACAGCGGUUCCAGACUCGGUAGACAUUUUUCAGAACUUUUUUUUGGUUUUAUUUAACUAAAUUGCAAUAAACUGCAGCUACUUUUUUGUUCUUCUUCUUUUUUGAUUUUUUUUUUUAGUGGAAAAGAGCUUGCCUUAUGAGUUAAGAAAAUUGCUGUAUCACCUCUGACAUUUGCCUCAACCCCAAACAGAAUAAGCAAUGUCCUAUACAGCCAAACUUCCUGCGUCCUGGAACGAUAAACCUCCUCCUCGUAAAGUGGAAAUUGACCUGAGCUCACCUGGUUUGGCAGUGUUUGAGUUGGAAAGACUCUUGUUCACUGGCAAAGCCAUCGUUAGCCAUGCAGACGAAGUGUGGCCAAGGCUUUACAUCGGUGACCAAGAAAGUGCAGAGAACCGGGCUGAUCUAUCCAUGCAUGGAAUCACUCACAUCCUGAAUGCAGCUCACAGUAAACGCAGAGGGCAGCCAGAUGUCUAUGCGGCCAUGAGGAUCACCUACAUGGGCAUAGAGGCUCAUGACUCCUGCACGUUUGACAUGAGCGUCAACUUCCAGGUAGCAGCCGACUUCAUCCACGGCGCUCUCCUCAGAGGAGGCAAAGUGUUGGUGCACUGUCAUGUAGGAGUGAGCCGCUCUGCCACCCUGGUCCUGGCUUACCUGAUGCUGAAGCAGAACCUGACCCUCGUAGAGGCGAUUUGUGCCGUGAAAGACAACCGGGGCGUUAUCCCCAAUCGAGGUUUCCUCCGACAGCUCAUCAAACUGGAUGGCCAGCUCUUUGGAACACACUGAACCCUGUUUAAUAGCAUCACCGGUCAGGUUUCAUGGGUCCAGAACAAAUGGAAAAGUGUGACAAAGAUAGCUCGAGCACUGUACAACAGAGGUUUUCAAACAGGGAUGUGGGCCUCACCAGGGGGUUCAAAACAGCUUUCGGGAGGUUAUAUAAUAUUCGAGAAUGUUUCCAGACCUUCUUAAAGCUUAAGAUGUCCCUAAAAUGAAAUCUAGAAAUCAUUAUCUAGUCACCCCAAUGCCGAUGAAAAGUCAACUGAAGUUUUGUAUUCCACAAAAUUUUGGAGUAAAACAGCAUUGCAUCGUUCCCCUGAACAACUGGAGUAGAUGGUGGCUUGAUUCAUAAUGUUAAAAAAGCAAAAAAAAAAAAAAGACUCCAUA